GGAACCACCAGCUAGGAUAGACAAUGAUGAGGUGGUGAUGUACUGCUAAUGAAAGUGUAUUUCUCGUGUAUCCUGACAGAUUUAUAACUAGUGUACGACAUCCUUUUUUUGUUUGCAAAAAUGACGACUACCACGACAUUUCAAGGAAUGGAGCCCGGUGCUAAAAGCAGUUCCAGGGUUUUGCGCCCUCCUGGUGGCGGCUCCAACAUUUCACUUGGUGCUGAUGAGGAGAAGCCUCCCGUGCGAAAAAACAAGAUGGCCUCCAGUGUUUUCGCCGAGCCAGAGGACCCCUACGCCAAUCGAAGGAACAACCCGCCAGGUGGGAAGCCCACCGGUGUGCUGUGUGGCGAGCCUUCGGCCCCCCUGAGGAGAGGAGUAAACCACGCCACCAAUCACUCUGGAGAUGCCCCCGCCACAGAUGGAGAAAACUCUGUACGCGAGACCGAAAUCGUUGCUGCCGAGCCCGAACCAGUCCCAGAGCCGCAGCACGACGAGGCCCCCCAGGCUGAAGAAGCCGCCGCAGGGCUACCAUCCGGCCGCCGAAAUCCCCCAGGGGGCAAAUCCAGCCUCAUCCUGGGUUGAGUGCCACUCAACUACCCCUCCUUACCUCCACUCGUCUCUGAACUCAUCUUUUCUUUCCCUUCUUUUUUUUUUUUUUUUUUGUUUUCUUCAAAACAAGAGCCCCCCGUCCCCGGUCCCUGGUCCCUGGUCCCCGUCCCCCCUAGCCCAUUUGUCUGUACCGCAGGAAUCCUCUGAUGUCCAGCAGACACCAGUUCUCCUCCACAUCCCCAAGUGCAUUGUUUUGAUACCUCUUUUUUGAAAACUGUUUUGUACUGUUUUUAUUGUUUCAUUUUGACAGAAGCACUUUAUGUAUUUCUAUGUAUAUGGUUCAACGUCUGCCUUUUCCCCCUGAAAUGCAUUCGACCUGCCAGGAAGGGCACAAGGCUCACAUUUCUCAUAUCAACCAAUGGUAAAUGUCCCCUAACUUUAUGGCCGCGGCAGAAGCCGUCGGUGAUCAUACAAGCAGUUUGUAGAACACAAGCAAAGGAAGAAGAAGAAAAAAAACCCAACUUUUGCACUGUGUUCAUUUUUGACCCAUCUUGCAUGCAUGUCCGGUCUGUAACGUAUGAAUGUGAGAAGAAACAUAACUGUGAAGAUUUUUAUUUAAAUUUUUUUUUCCUUUCAAUAUAAUUUAACCUGUUUGUUAGUUGUUAUUUUGUGGACUAAUUGUCGUACUGUUGUUGCAUGAAGUUGGACUCUUUCUACUGAUUAUAGUAUUAUUAUCCACAUAAAUUACUGUAAUUGUGAUCUGAAAGACGCAGACGUUUGUCUUCUGAUGAUUACCGUAGGUCCCCUGUCAGGUAACAGAGUCGGAACAAGCCUUUUUUUAUAUCGUAGUCACUAACCUUAGAUUAUUGUAAAACCCCCCUCCAGUGCCGGUUUUAAGUGCCCGUUGUUUUUAUAGGUAAAGAAAUUUGCUCAAAAAUUCACUCUAAAGUGUUUGUGUGUUAGGCUACAGCAUCAAACACGGUUGGGUUUCCUGAAUUUCAUCCUCGCAGUAUCGCAAAGACCAAUGUUGUUUUUGUUUCCUUUCAAUGGCAAAUCAAUGGAAUGUUGUUGGUCCUGACUCUGGAGCGUUUCCGGUAAACCCGUCCGAGAUUUGACAAGUGACCUUAUGACAGCCCAGCCUUCUUUUCACAGUUUUAACCCCCCCUCCCCCCUCCCCUCGUAUACAUUCGUUAAUUAUUACCGUUCACUGGAAAUCUAGAAACAAUCUUUUUGUACGUUUCCUGUGACCUUGUUUAAACCAAAAUCCCCUCCUGCUUCUGCUCUGUUAAGUCACGUGCAUGACUGCUGCGUCCACCAGUUGUCAUGCAAGAAAAUCUACAUGUCUUGCCUGUGGUGUCUCUGUUUGGGUUUUUUUUGUUUGUUUUUUUUGUUUUUUUUUAAACGUGUGUUGCGAUGCAGAACAUGUCAGUUUGCAUCCUCUUACCAGUUCCUGUUGCUGGAUAUAAGUCACUGCAGAAAUUUGAAAAUCAAGAAAUGGCACAAGUGGAAAUUAACAUUAAAAGUCAAUUUUGACCAUUGA